AUGAAAGAAAAAAAGGAUGAUUAUUUCAGAAACUGGAACCCAAACAAGCCUUUCGACCAGGCCUUAGAUCCAUCAAAAGAUCCAUGCCUGAAAGUAAAGUGCAGUCAACAUAAAGUUUGUGUCACUCAUGACUACCAAACAGCUAUCUGUGUCAGUCGGAAACAAUUGAUGCACAGUUUGAGACAGAAAAAGGGCAAUGUACCCCACAAACACUGGAGUACACCAGCAAAUGUAGUCAAGUGUAAAACAUGUCCUUUGACUCACUCCAUCCCUGUGUGUGGCUCCGAUGGUCACACAUACUCAUCCAAGUGUAAGCUGGAUUUUCAUGCUUGCAGUUCGGGCAAGAAAAUUUCAGUGCGAUGUGAAGGACCAUGCCCAUGUCUGCCGGUGCACGAAUCUCCAAAACCUCGAACUGACAAGACUGGCUGCAGUGAUAAGGAGAUGAGAAGUCUUGCUUCUCGAUUAAAAGACUGGUUUGGUGCUCUACACGAGGAUGCAAAUCGGAUCAUCAAACCUACCAGUGCAGAUAAUGUGCAGACCAGAUUUGACACAAGCAUUCUGCCAAUUUGCAAGGACUCUCUGGGAUGGAUGUUCAACAAACUGGAUAUGAAUUAUGACCUUUUGCUGGACCAAACAGAACUAAAUGCCAUUUACCUGGAUAAAUAUGAGCCAUGUAUUAAACCUUUAUUUAACUCUUGUGACUCAUUCAAGGAUGGAAAGCUCUCAAACAAUGAGUGGUGUUAUUGUUUCCAGAAGCCAGAAGGUCUACCUUGUUUGCUGGAAAUGAACAGGAUUCAGAAAUUAAGCAAAGGAAAGGGUAUCUUAGGUGCUUUCAUUCCACGAUGUAAUGAGGAUGGGUACUACAGAGGGGCUCAGUGUCACAGCAGCACAGGCCAGUGCUGGUGUGUUGAUAAAUAUGGCAACGAAUUAGCAGGAUCACGAAAACAAGGCACAGUAACCUGUGAAGAAGACCAAGAAACGUCUGGAGAUUUUGGUAGCGGUGGAUCUGUUGUACUCUUAGAUGACCGAGAUGAAGACUUAAAGAUAAACAGCAAAGCAAAAGAAGGAAAAGCAAACAUACAUGUGAGAGCAGCCAAUGAAGAUGAUGAAGAUGAAGAUGAUGAUAAGGAAGAAGAGCUUGGUUAUGUUUGGUAACUUGCUGCUGGAGGGCCCUCAUUGUUAGCACAGUUCUAUGACUCAUUCCACAUCUUUACAAAUGCAUCCACUUCUGCCAGGUACACAAAUGUUCUUCCUUUCAGUUGCUACUCUUCUGGCUUAUACACUGAUUGUCGUAAAGCCCAGCUUAGAAGCAUUCUGUUUCAUGGAUGACAGUGGGACAUUUUCUUAUGCAAGUGCACAUGAUUAUCCUCAAAAAUACAGUUCCUUUGAACAGUUUAGAUGGUGAUCUUCUCUUUACAUCCACUGAAUGAACAAAACAGUUUUAGGGACUUUUAAAACAACUAGCAUUUAAAACUGAAUUGCUACAUUCUCACUGUACUGAAUUAUAUCUUGUCUUGCAUUAUCAAUAUCGCCUAAAAUGAUGAAGUCAUCUGAUGCAAAAAAGUAUAUAUUUUCAAGGGACAGAAUCUUUUUGCAAUGUGAAGAUCAUAAAAGAGACUUUUUGUUUCUGUGGAAAUGUUCUUAGUCUUUCCUUUAUUUCAGAUGUGUCCUGUGCACAGUUUGAAUUUGUCGGAGAAUGAAUUAAUGUAUAUUAGAAUGGUUAAUGAGCUGCAUGUUCAGAUAAGAUGGCAGCAACAUGCAUGAGGUCAUAACUGUGUCAUGUUAUGUCAUAGCAGCAACCUUUCUUCUAAAUCACUGCAUGCAUAGUAGAGGUAUUACUGUCCUGAAGAUGUCAAAUACACCCAGUCUGUUUUACAGCUUGUAUUUAUUAGUAAUCAUUUAUAACUAAUGACAGGUCAACGUCAUACGAAAUCUUGCAUUUUUGAAAACAAACAUAAAACAACCCAUAAUUUCACUAGUUUACUUUGUCUUUCUGUUUUUUUUUUCCUCAAAAUUCUUGCUUAAAUAACUCAGUAAGCUGCUGAAAGCUUAAGAGAUGACGAGGCAAAUGGAAUUAUACAGUCUAAAUGAUUACAGAAAGAAACACAGUAUGUGUUUUGUGAGAACAGCUUGUAUCAAGGUCUUACACCAAUCUAAUGCCUAAGCAAAUGUAACUCAGUCACAUCUAAUGAUGCUGUAACCAUGUAUGCAAGCUUGAUUUGAAAAUAAAAAUACUGGCAGCAGUAAUAAGUUUUACAAACUAUACAUUUAUAGUAAAAAAUUAUUUGAUUUCUGCAUUUCAGUAUACUCAGAGGAACACUGGGUUCCAAAGGAAAAAAAACACACCACUGCCUUCCCUUGCUAUAGUUCGCAACAAUGAAUGUAUCAUUCUGAUAACAUAAUAUAAUAUACAUUGUCUGGUGCGUUUCCUGAUUGGCAUUUCUUGAUAUAAAGUCUUAUGACCAUCUAGUGAUAUGUAUAGAAAUGAUGUGGUAUUUCUGAGUAUGUUCAUUGUUGUAUCCCAUGGCAAAUAAAUGUACUUACAUGACCAUCAGAAUUUUUGAAGAAAUUUAAAGUGCAUAUAUCAGUAUUGUGCAUUUUUUAAGCAUGAUGUGUGAAAGUUAAGAAUGUUUCUUAAAAUAACUGGAAAUAUUUACAUAAAUUCAUGUUUUCAAGAAUCACAUAUUGUAACAUUUUCAAUGAUUUCCAAUUUAUUGAAGCUUUAUUUGAUUAAAAAAUAGGAUGCAGCAAGUCCUCACAAAGUUAGUACACAUGAACGUAUGAACAAAGAGAUGAUGGCAUAUGGUGUGUUCUGCAACUAAUUAGCUUUGGAAAUACACAAAAGGUACCUAUGUAAAAGCCAUACAAAAUAGCCUUGUUUGCAUGAAUUAUUUAAGUAAACAACAUAUGGAUAAUGCUCUGAGGUCAAGUAGUCGGGAAGCCGAAAAAUGUUUCAAUUAAUUUUUCAUUAUAAUUUAAGAUCUUUUUUUCUUUUUUUUUUUUUUUUUGUUAAGAGAGUCUUACUAUUAAUUGCAGCUAUUUUGAAUCAGCAAAGCGAUCAAUUCCUCUGUCUGGAAAGUCAGACAGUUUUGUUUUGAAUUUAGAGUGGUUUCAAAAUCAAAGAUGCUUGACCAGCAUUAGAAACAUAUUAUAGCGUCCUGGUGGAGUAUCUGUUUAGGAAUAAAUUAGGAUUUGCUGAGCACUGAACCUAAAGCAGGUACUGGAAGCAUGACUGAAUUUAAAUAUAUUUUUCGCACGCUCAUGCUUUUAAAUUCUGCUGUCUUACAUUCUUUUUAUCAUUGCAAGUUUUCUUUCUCUUUGCUAGUUACAAUAGCUAGAAUUAUAAUUGUGACAUAUUUAGUUACUGAAGAAUACUUUCUGGGAUUUUCCAGGAAAUUGCCAUGGAAUGUUGUUCAAAUUCUGUAUCGGCCAUUAUUCAUGACACAUCUCUACCAAUGAAUUUUCCUGUUAUCAGCAUCUAUAUUCAUCUUAAAGGAUGCAAUUUUAAUGUUUCAUUAUUUUUGUAACAUCCAACAUCAGGGGCUUGUUUUGAGUUCCAUUAAUAAGGAAUUAUUUACAUUUACUUCAAUAAAUAGUUAAACGAAUGAAUUCUUGAUGAACAACAUACAAGGUAAUUGGAUAGGUCUUGAAAGGGAUUACCUCUUAUUUUUACCUGGUAUGUUAGACUGCAAAACUUAAGUGGAUGCCACUAUACCAUGUUUCAGCAGCUAAAAUUUAUUGCUCAAAAAUAGGUCUCCGUACCGAAAAUUAGGCUAGUCAAGAAAGAAUGAGUCUUCCCACACUGAUAACACAACAAUGAACUGAGAUUCUUUAGGUCUGCUAUAAGUCUCUGUACCAUAUGUUUACUACAGCAAGUUUAUCUUGGAGAUGCAGACAUUUGAAAAUGUGGCCACUGGUUAUAGUUUUUGAAAUAAAAAUCUCAUUCCCACAUUCA